GCGGCGGCUGUGGGCGCGGAGCCGCGAGGCGGAGCCGGGCCGCCGAGCCGGGAGCCCCGAGCGAGCCGCGCAUCGGUCCAGCUGCCGGGCCGCGCCGCCGCCGAGCAGCCGCCCCGCGCGCCGCGCCUCGGGAACAAAGGCGCCCGCCGCUCGCCGCUGCCGCCAUGAAGCCGGGGCCACCGCGCCGGGCCGGGGCCGCCCACGGGGCAGGCGCAGGGACUGGGGCUGCGGCCGGGCCCGGGGCCCGCGGGCUGCUGCUGCCGCCGCUGCUGCUGCUGCUGCUGGCUGGGCGCGCCGCGGGGACUCAGCGCUGGCGCAGUGAGAACUUCGAGAGGCCUGUGGACCUUGAGGGCUCCGGGGACGAUGACUCCUUCCCUGAUGAUGAGCUGGACGACCUGUACUCGGGGUCCGGCUCAGGCUACUUCGAGCAGGAGUCAGGCAUUGAGACGGCCAUGCGGUUCAGCCCGGACGUGGCCCUGGCAGUGUCCACCACAGCCGCUGUGCUGCCUACCGUGGAUGUCCAGCCUGUGGGUACCCCGUUCGAAGAGCUCCCCUCGGAGCAUCCCACCCCAGAGCCAGCCACUGGCCUCCCAGGGGUGACAGAGGUCCCGGAAGAGCCCAGCCAGAGAGCCGCCGCCAUCUCCACUCCUGUGGCCACCACUGCUGCCACCACCACGGGAGCCCCAAGCGUGGCCUUGGUGCCGGCCACGGCGGCCACCGCCAUUCCCAGCAUUCCUGCGGCACCCCCUUCCGCGGCCACCACCUCUGUCAUAAGGACCACCGGUGUACGGAGGCUUCUUCCUCUUCCGCUGACCACGGCGGCCACAGCCCGGGCCACCACCCCAGAGGUGCCCUCCCCUCCCACCACGGUGGCUGUCUUGGACACAGAGGCCCCAACCCCCAGGCUGGUCAGUACAGCUACCUCCAGGCCAAGGGCCCUUCCCAGGCCAGCUACCACCCAGGAGCUUGACAUCCCUGAGAAGAGCACCCUGCCCCUGGGGACCACUGCCCCUGGACCGACGGAGGUGGCUCAGACCCCGACUCCAGAGUCCUUCCUGACCACGAUCCGGGAUGAGCCAGAGGUACCAGUGACUGGGGGGCCCAGCGGGGACUUUGAGCUGCCGGAGGAAGAAACCACGCAGCCAGACACAGCCAAUGAGGUGGUGGCAGUGGGUGGGGCUGCGGCUAAGCCGUCGCCCCCACCUGGGACACUGCCCAAGGGCGCUCGCCCGGGCCCUGGCCUCCUGGACAAUGCCAUCGAGUCGGGCAGUUCGGCGGCUCAGCUGCCACAGAAGAGCAUCCUGGAGCGGAAGGAGGUGCUUGUAGCCGUGAUUGUGGGCGGGGUGGUGGGCGCCCUCUUCGCCGCCUUCCUGGUCACCCUGCUCAUCUACCGCAUGAAGAAGAAGGACGAGGGCAGCUACACGCUGGAGGAGCCCAAGCAGGCGAGCGUCACGUACCAGAAGCCUGACAAGCAGGAGGAGUUCUAUGCCUAGCGGAGCCACAGUGCCUCCCAGAGCCUCAGCGUUGCCCCUCCACCCAGUCCCUGGCCCGUCCCACCAGCCCUGGCCUGGGGAGUGGGCCCGGGAGGGAGCCUGGCCCCAGCUCCUCUCCCCCCAGCCUCCCGAGGUCUGCCCAGACCGCCAGCCUCACACGGGUCUUCCCCAAGGCACAGGGGGCACUGCCGUCUGCCCUGGCCUGUGCCCUUACCAGCUCAUCUCUUGUCCUCCACCAGCCUGGGGCUUCAGGACCUCACGUCAGAGGGAUGGGAGGAAAGAAGCUCCUGAGUGGCUGGGGGAAGAAAGGGUGGGGCAGGAGGUGGGCUCGAAUGCCAGCCGGGCCCCGCGGGCUGGCUGAGGUCUUCUUCUAAGGGCAGAGGGGCACUCAGGCUGGUUCCCAGGAUAAGCAUUUACAAGUUCAGCCUUGAAAUCGAGACACUGCCACCUCUUCUGUCCCAGGCCCCUCUCCCCGGGUGAGAUGUGUCCCUUGCCGCCUGGCGUGACCGGGGCUGUGGGGUCGCUCUCCCCUCACCCGUCCCAUUGCACCUGCACCUGAAGGUUUCGCCUCUUCCCCAUCUGCCCCUGAGGACGUGGCUUUCUAAGAGUGUCCUGGCAGCCACGGGUGAGGAGGGCUGGCUGGGCUGAUCAGACCUCCCUCUUGCGAGUGGACUUGGCACAGACACUGUCCCCCACAAGGUCACGCAUAUUGUCACGCCCAAAGACAAAAGCAUGAAAUGACAAAAUCAUGGGCAGUCCUGAGCACCCUGCCAGUCCAGACACAUCACAGACACACACAUUCUCCCAAAGGUGUUUCUUAUGCGUUUCUCAUGCGCCCUCAAAUCUCAACAGUGCAAGUCACAAGCCAUUGUCACCCAGUGGCAACAGUGUGGCCUGCUUCCCUCACCGUCUCCCCUUCCACAUACGCACAGUCCGGCACCACGUUCUCUGGCUUUCAGGCUCAGUGGGGAGGGUGGGACCAAGCCAGUACAGUCAGCCCAUAUUGGGUCCCCUGAGUCACCCUGUCAGGCUCAGCCCCUCACCAUAGCGCCCCCACCCCCACCACCAGCCACAUGGCCGCUGACCCCCGUGUGUCAGACACAACCCCACGUGGAUGCAGUCCCACCCCACGGGGCCCGGGCUCACGCUGGAGGAGACAGUGGGCGCUUGUCUUCCCGUUCAGUGUGGUGUGGGAGGGCACUGCCUCAGGGCCUUGCACACCCCUCCCCUGCACCUGCUUCUCUCUCUGUUACCCGAGGGGUUGGUUUGGGGCCAGUUCCCCACUAGGGGGGAGCCUUGCUGAGGAAGGCAGGCUGGUUCCUGGAAUUUGGCCUCGGGCUGGGGAGGGGGCUUGGAUUUCCCAGGACCAAAGGCCCCAGGCGGGGAGGGAGCCUGUGCUCCGGCACCUGGUCUCCCACACCCCCUCCUGCUCUGAGCUAGGGGCCGACUCUGCCUCCCAGGACACAAGUCUCCAAAGUGCCUGUGAGGGUGGGCCCUGCCGCCCGGGCCCUCUGCACCCUCUCCCCUUGGCCUUGCCAGGCCCACCUCAGCCCCGCCCUGGGGUCCUCCCUGGGCCUUCCCCAUGGACACCUUGCCCGAUUACUGGGCCAAACAACCUGGUGGUUCUGGCUGCAGCUGGAAGCAGCCCACCCAGAUGCACCACCAGGCCGAGGGCUGAGAGCAGGUGGGGGCAGGGGUGCCACAGGCUCCCCCAGCCUGCCCCCCACUUCUUUACCCUUGUAAGUGAGGCUACUUCUGUGGCUAUUUUAAAUGUGGGGUCACAAAUCUCCUUUAGCAGGGUGCACUCAGCAGGGGCGCUUAGAGCCCCAAGACGUGGUCUGCUCAGUAGCUGGCUGGUGCUCACGCCCCCGCCCCUCACCUCCAACCCAGAUUAAAGCCAGGAACCUAGGUUUCAUUUCUGUUCCCUUUUCAAGAUGCGCUGGUAACAGACUUGCUGGGUGAGGGGUGGGGGGUGCCUGAGGCAGAGAGGGCCAGGGUCCAGGGCCUUUCACGGCCUGCCUCUUCCACCAUCUUCCUUCCAGCCUGGGGCUCCAUCUCAGACUCCCAAGCCCCUCAGCAGGGCCCGGAGGUUUGUGAGGAACCCAGGUGGUCCCAGCCUUUGGAGGGGGGACAGGAGUGGGGAGAGGCAUCCUAGGCCCACAAACUGUUGGAGGUGGCCUGGCCUUGGUCACCUCUGGAGCUGAAGGGCUGGGGCGUGGGGGUUGGAGGACACCAAAGUCCCAGCUGCCCUCCCCCCUGAGCCCUGGUGGGCUGCUGUUGGGGGCAGCAGCUCUGGUGAGAACGCCUAGGCAGGCCGAGGCUGAGAAACCAGAGAGGACCUGGGCCCCACCGGGAAGCCCAGGGGUGCUGGGACCGUGUCAGACCCGUGGCAGGGGGUGGGGACAGGAUGCACGACUCGGGUUUAGGCUGCCUGGAGUGGCCCGCGUGGGUCCGGCCUGGCUUCCAACUUGGGGCUUUGCCUCCUGGCACUGGUCUUUCCUCUGUGUCCUUAGCCUUUGAGAGAAGAGGCCAAGGCCCUCAUUCAUGGAGCCCUGGGCCCGAGGCAAAUGUCCAGGCUUUAUCCUUACAAAGUUUAGCCGUCUGGCCAGCCCCAGUUGAACAGGGCAAUCCAAGAGAGAGGUCGGUUCAAAGGGUGAGCUGGAGCUCUCCUGGGUGCAAUGUGGGUACAGGGCCUGCCCAAAUAGAUCCUCAGGUGUGCCCGUGCUCCUGGGGUUGGGGGGGUCGGUCGGGCCCUGGCAUUUCCUGGAAGCAUGGCCAAUGCCAAAGGGGAGGGAGUCUGUGUGAGCCGAGAGCCUCUAGGGCCUAGGCUGCGGGGAGCACAAAGGCAGGCUGGGAGUUUCAGGUUGGGCCCACGCCCAGUUGUGAUUUCUAGAGCCAGGCCCUGUCUUCCCAGGGGGCCGGACGGGGUACCUCUUCGGAAAGGCUGGGCCUGGCAGAUCUGUGGGCAGUGGCCUGGGGAGCUCAGGACCCCCUGAGGUUGGCAAGUCAUCUGUCCAAAAGCCCUGGGCACGGAGAGCGAGCCCAUGGGUCUGACAGCCGCCACCCUGGACUUGCUUCCCCAGGCCGCCUGCCUGUAAAUAGAAGCUCCAAACUGUACAGAUUUACAGAGAUGCUGAGACCAGACUCUGGUGUUGCUGUCUAAGGGCUGACGGCCCCAGCACCCCCUGGGUACCCAUCUGGCAGCUCGGUGCGCCUGGCCCCAGCGUGGCGAAUGCAUGUAAAUAUUUUUUUUGUAGGCAGUGUGGCUCCAGAGAGCCCCCCGAAGACAGUGUCCCCUCCUGUGCGUCCUUUCUCCUGUACAGAGCCCUCCAAGAACCUGUCCUGGGGCAGGGGGGAAUUUGUCCUCUGCUCCAGGCUUUCCCUGGCCCCUCUCCCCAUAACCUGUUUAUUAACCACACCUGUCCUGAGUUCAUGGCCAAAACUUUACGUGGAGGGAAGAGACUGGAAAACGACCAAGGCACCUGCUGGGGGUGCUCAUUUGUCCCAGAAGGAACUGUUGGUUUUUUUGUUUUGCUUUGUUUUUUUUUUUUUUUAACACUUCCCGUGCUGUGCCCAUUUAUAAGAGGAAAUAAAAUUAAGCUGAAAUGA